UUUCAACCUUGCGGCACAAUAGAAAAGAAAUUUCACGGCUAGAGGUUAUCGUUUGUUCUGAGUUUGAUAGUUUGUGUGUGUUUAACAGUGGAGUUCAGGACAAGUGCUUGUUUCUUCGUCGCUUGUCGCGUUAGGCCAUGGACUUUGAAUCAAGCUACGAUAUUUCCGCCACUGCCGACUUCAUCCACAGCCGCAACUUCACCAGAGUUGCUUUGCAAUUUCCAGAUGAUCUUCUAAAAGAUUCGACGAAAGUGGUGGCAGCAUUAAGCCAACGUCUUCAAUCACUAAGAGAAGUCGAUGUCACAGGAACUGUCAAUAUGACAGAGGUAGCGUUGUACGUGAUGGCAGACACAGCGUAUGGUAGUUGCUGUGUUGAUGAAGUUGCGGCAUUACACAUCAAUGCUGAUUGUGUUAUUCAUUAUGGACAGACAUGUUUUAGCCCGACAACAACUCUACCAGCUUUCUUUGUUUUUGGGAAGGCUUCUAUCAGCAUACCUAACUGUGUUGAAAGUCUAUCGAAAUAUGCUCUUUCAUGUAGCAAGCCUAUCAUGGUGCUUUUUGGUUUGGAAUAUGCACAUUCAAUACCACACAUUAAAACAGCAACGUUAGAAGCAUUAAUGUCAAGUAGAUCUGAGUUGAAACCGGAAGUUCAUUUUCCUGAUGUUCCGUCUUCGUCUAUGUUUCCUUCAAGAGAUAUCAAAAACUUAAAUGGGCUGGCGGAACCAGCUAAUGGUUUGAACAAUAAUGGCAGUUCUAAUGAGACUGGUGCGCCUAGGUAUAGCAUUGGAGGAUUGACUUGGAAAUUACCGGAGGGAAAACGCAUGGAUGACUUCUUUAUCUUUUGGAUUGGACAUGAUAAUUCAGCAUUUGCAAAUGUUGUGCUUACAUUCAAUACCUGUGAAAUAGUCAGAUAUGAUGCAACUGAGAAUCGAAUGGUGACUGACUUGUCUCAGCAGAGGAGGAUUCUUAAACGUAGAUAUUACCUAGUUGAGAGGGCUAAAGAUGCAAAUAUCAUUGGGAUUUUGGUAGGAACUCUUGGUGUUGCUGGUUAUCUUCAUAUGAUACACCAGAUGAAAGAGCUCAUCACUGGGGCAGGAAAGAAGGCCUACACUAUGGUCAUGGGAAGACCAAACCCAGCUAAACUUGCUAACUUUCCUGAGUGUGACGUUUUCAUUUAUGUCUCCUGUGCCCAAACUGCUCUACUGGAUAGCAAAGAGUAUCUAGCCCCAGUUAUUACUCCAUAUGAAGCAACAAUAGCUUUCAGCAGGGGAAGCCAGUGGACAGGAUCGUACGUAAUGGAAUUUCGAGACCUAAUAGAGUUGCCUCAAGUGGAAGCUGGAAACCAGGAAGAAGCACGGUUUUCAUUCCCAGGUGGAUAUGUGGAAGAUAUUGAUAACCAUGAAAACGCCAAGGAAGACAGAGAAGCCCUUGCUUUAGUUAAUGCUACAGAGAAGGCACUGCAGUUGCGGGAUAACUCUGGUUCUCUAAUUAAAAGGGAUGCUAAAUCAGGAGCAGAGUUUUUCGCCGCGAGAUCUUAUCAGGGUCUGAAUAUUGACGAUGAAAACGCUGUACCUGAGCCAUAUUUCAUAGGAAGGAAAGGAAGGGCGUCAGGCUAUGAAGACGAGAAAAGCCAACAAGAAACUUAGUUGCAGUUGUUGAGGAUGAAUGAUGAGUAUAAAUGAAUGUGGGGCUGACCCUGAUAUUCCUUCUCUUUGUCAAUAUGGGAAAGAGGGGCCAAACCUUGAUUCUUGCUUUGUGUUGCAAGUACUGAUUUUGGCUAGUGAGUUGGGUUAACUUAGUAGUUCCACACUAACAUGCUUGUUGUAUAAUAGUUCUGGAGAAUUUUGAAUUUUGAAUAGCAGCAAGCUUUUGUGGCUGAAUUUUUUUUUUUUUUUGCCCCUAAUGUUGGAGCAUGAUUGAAAUUCCUUUUUGAGAUAUUUAAAUGCUCUUCUUUAUUCA